CCUGUCUGCGAGUCGCUCCCGCCGGAGUCCUUCCAGACGCGCCGCAGCCGCUGCUCCCUCCGUGCGCCAAAGCCCCGCCGGUGGCCCCGCCAUGCGCGCCCUCGGGGCUGGCCUCGUCCUGCUGGCGGCGCUGGCGGCUGGCCUGGCCGGCCGCCCCCGGGCCGUCUACACCAACCACUGGGCCGUGCGGGUGCUGGGCGGGCCCGGCGAGGCGGAUCGGCUGGCGUCCGCUUAUGGGUACCUGAACCUGGGACAGAUCGGAAGCCUGGAAGACUACUACCACUUUCAUCACAGUAAGACGAUUAAGAGGGCAACGUUCACCAGCAGAGGCCCACACAGCUUUCUCAGGAUGGACCCGAAGGUCAAAUGGCUGCAGCAACAAGAAGUGAAACGAAGAGUCAAAAGAUACGUCCGAAGCGACCACUCUUUUGUUUCCUUCAAUGACCCACUCUGGCCUGAAAUGUGGUACAUGCACUGCGAAGACAACGACAGCGACUGCCGGUCGGAAAUGAAUGUUCUGGCAGCCUGGCGGAGAGGCUACACGGGCAGAGAUGUCGUGAUAACCAUUCUCGACGACGGUAUUGAGAAGCAGCACCCUGAUCUUGUCCAAAACUAUGAUCCGCGUGCAAGCUAUGAUGUCAAUGGAGGUGAUGAAGACCCGACACCACGCUAUGAUGCCAGCAAUGAGAAUAAGCACGGCACUCGUUGCGCUGGAGAAGUAGCAGCCUCGGCAAAUAAUUCCAAUUGCAUCGUGGGAAUAGCAUACAACGCAAGAAUCGGAGGUAUUCGCAUGUUAGACGGCGACGUCACAGACAUUGUCGAAGCGAGAGCGAUCGGUGUCCGCCCAGAGUACAUUCACAUUUACAGUGCCAGCUGGGGGCCGGACGAUGAUGGCCGGAUGGUGGACGGACCCGGCCCUUUGGCCAAACAGGCAUUUGAGCAAGGCAUCAAGAAGGGCCGUAAAGGGCGAGGUUCUAUUUUUGUCUGGGCCUCCGGAAAUGGUGGAAGAGAAGGGGACCAUUGCUCUUGCGACGGAUACACCAACAGCAUCUACACCAUCUCUGUCAGCAGUACCACCGAGAAUGGUAACAAACCGUGGUACUUGGAGGAAUGCGCGUCCACCCUCGCUACAACCUACAGCAGCGGAGCUUUCUACGAGCGUCAAAUUGUUACCACAGAUCUGAAGAAACGCUGCACUGACGGCCACACAGGGACCUCUGUGUCUGCCCCGAUGGUGGCAGGGGUAAUUGCUUUGGCGCUGGAGGCCAACCCUUUGCUUACCUGGCGUGACGUUCAGCACUUGCUUGUUAAAACAUCUAGACCAGUACAUCUCUUAGCCCCAGACUGGAAAACAAAUGGUGCUGGAAGGAAAGUUAGCCAUCUGUAUGGCUUUGGACUGGUGGACGCAGAAGCCCUUGUUAUAGAAGCCAAGAAGUGGAAGACAGCCCCUGCUCAGCACGUUUGUGUUGGAACGUCCAAUAAGCGGCCUUGGUUCAUCCCUACCAACAAGACGGUGAGGACGGCAACUGUAACCAACGCUUGUGCUGAUCAACGUGAUCAUCAUGUGGUCUACUUGGAGCAUGUUGUCGUGCGGAUUACCAUUAUGCACCCUCGGCGGGGAGACCUACAGAUCAACCUGACGUCUCCUUCUGGGACAAAGUCUCAGCUUCUGGCGAGGAGGCACCAGGAUGAUUCCAUUGAUGGCUUUAAGAACUGGGAAUUCAUGACUGUCCACUGUUGGGGAGAGAGGGCAGCAGGGGAGUGGACGCUGGCGAUCCAAGAUAAGCCAUACCAUGUGCGAAACCCGGACAUGCUAGGGAAGUUAAAGGAAUGGAGUCUCAUCCUGUACGGCACAGCUGAGCACCCAUUCUCCAAUGUCAGCUCCCAUCAAUCCCGAUCGAGGAUGCUGGAAGUUCCGUCCUCAGACAUGGAAUCUUCCAAAGCCACCUUCUUCCAAACUCAGAUGGAUGCGCCAGAGGAGGAUGAGGAAUACACAGGUCCGUGUCACACGGAAUGUGGCGAGCAAGGAUGCGACGGUCCCAAUCCUGAUCAGUGCCUGAACUGUUUCCAUUACAGUCUUGGAAGCAUUAAAACUGGCAGGAAAUGUGUGAAUACCUGUCCCCCCAGUUAUUUCGGAGACAGCACACAACGGAAGUGCCGCAAAUGCUACCGAGGCUGCGAGUCCUGCCUUGGCAGGAGCCCGAAUAUGUGCACAGCUUGCAAGCGUGGCUUCUACCAUCACCAAGAAACAAAUACAUGUGUGACGCUAUGCCCGGCUGGAUUUUACUCAGAUGAUGGUCAGAAGCGGUGUCAGAAGUGCCACCAAAACUGUAAGAAAUGUAUCGGGGAAAUGGACAGAUGCACAGUUUGCAAAGAUGGAUUCAGCCUCGUAGACAACAAUUGCAUUACAGGAUGCAGGCCAGGCAUGAACUUGAUCAAGGAACCAAUACGAUGCGAAGGCUGCCAGUCCAACUGCCGGGCGUGUGUGGGGCCAGGUCGAGAGGAGUGUAUGCAGUGUGCCAGGAACUUCCAUGCUUACGAGUGGAGAUGCGUUCCAACGUGCGGUGAAGGCUUUUAUGCUGAAGAGGUACACGGUAUCCUGUACAAAGUUUGCAGAAGAUGUGAAGAUAAUUGUGCAACCUGUGACACUUCCGGAAGAAAAUGCCUCAGGUGUAAAGAAGGGUUUAGCUUGCUGAGCGGCUCGUGCAUUGCCAGCGACAGAUGUCACAACGCUGACGAUGCUUUCUGUGAGUUGGUGAAAUCCAGCAAGCUGUGCGAACGCAAACCAUUUAUACAGUUUUGCUGUCGGACAUGUCUCUUGGCUGGCUGAGCAGUGCCUUUAAUAUCCGCCGUCUGGAGGUCCUGUCAUGCCAGAUCCCUAGGACAAAGUUUUCCUUUUUUUCCCAGCCUUGGGAAGCCUCACCCAGUGCUGGCUCAAAGCUUCAAGCUUGCGACUUGGAUUGCUUUUAAUGUCUCCCGUCAGUUGGUUUCUACAGUGUCACCUCUGGUAUUCCCAAAUCUAGAUAGUUCAUUGCCUAUUUGUUGGAUCUUUUUUUAAUGCCAAUGCCAAUGCGAAUCCUUCACAGAUGUGUCAUGCUCAUGGAGAACAACACAUGGCCUCUACGCUCAACAUUGUUCACAAAAGUGACCAUUGCAAAUUAUUCCUCUGCACCACCACACUGGGAAAUUCUGCAUAGUUUAGUUCUUUUUUUUCCACCUUGGAGAAGAAAAGGGCAUCCCCACUUCUCAAAAAAAAACCUUGCAACCUUUUAGUCAAGCACAGGAUGAGUUGCAAGAUUGUUGCGUUCUGUUCCAAUGCAAUACAGGGACUUUAACGCAGCGCAUCUUGGCAAGAUAAAACACAUUCCAGGUUGCCUUUCAGUUGUAAGCUGGCCAUGGGAAAUUCAGAGUUUGGCAACAACCAAAGAGGCAAUCUAGAGUUGGCAGGAAGAGGGGGAGAAAAUCCAUCCAAUCUAGAGAAGUUUUCCAGCUAGGAGCCGUUCUGAGCAAGGAGGCCCCUGAAUGAUCCAGUGUGUCUGCCAGGAUGCGCCUAGCGCGGACCCCGAAGGAUCGAAGCCUUAUCCAUGAAAUUGCUUGUGACCGCUUCAGCUCCCAACUGCAGAAGUAAACGAGAAUAAUUUCCUCUCUGCAACAAAAGAUGAGUUUCUUCAAAAGUUUGCACCGCGUAACUUCCGCACACCCAAGCUUUGAUUGAUGACUUCAUUGGGUCUAGCGGUAACUUGCGGACACCUCUCCCCAAAUCGGUCCAGUGAUGACGCAGACAUCCAGCGCAAAUCCCUUCCAAGAGACGUUUCAUUUAGCCAACCAGGAGAGAAAGAAAAUCACCAUUUCCACAGGACAACACUGUGCAACACGUCUGAAUGUAUUCACUAUAAUAUAUAUACUAUAUAGUAUAUUAUACAUAAGUGUGUAUGUGUGUGUAUGUAUAUGUAUACGCACACAGACACACUAUGUACUAUAUAUAGUAUGUCUUGUGAUGUUUAUAUAAUUGUGUUAAGGUAUAUUUGGCUAUGUUGUCUUACGGAUAUUUUUAAAGUAACUUAUACAGUUCCUUGCCUUCCUUCAUAGAAUUUUUAAAAAUAAUUUUUAUGGGAAUAUUUUUUUUGAAGGAUCACUUUACUUUUAGUGACAUCCUUGUAAAGUUAACAGACAUUUCCCUUUUACCCAUCUUCAGAUAAAAAAACCCACAGCCCUUCUUGGUUUCUUCUUCUCAUCAUGCCAGUUCUAAUUCACAUUGUCAACUGUUUUAAUAAGUUGAACCUUCAGUCCAUGAAAUUGGCAGUUAGAAUGUUAAUUGGCUCUUUAAAAGUGCGUUUUCUAAAAUGUAUCGCCUUCCCUUUGCCCUGGCUGAAAGUACCCGAUGUGUUUGUUCUGCUUUCGAACCAGACUCUCUUGAACUUGGCCGGAUGACUAGUGAGAGCCAGUCCAGUCUUUCCGAUAUGGAACAGAUUAAGGGCCAAAACAGAAUCAACAGAGGGACCCCAACAUGAAUAAAAUGUUUAUAGUCCUGAUGAGUUACUCUGUAUUUUUUUAAGCUGCCAAAGUAAAUUGCUUUAUUUUAUUAUGAGGAAUAUCAUA